GUUCGGCGUAAUGUACAUCAACAUUAUGUUUGGGGAAAUAAGAUAGUCUGUUUUCUUGCUACUAGUUUAAUUAUCAUCUCAAGUAUUACAGAACUUAGAAUACAGUGGCACAACGACUGACACUUUUAGCUUUUUUAGAAAUAAACACUGAAAAUUUAAAUAAAUGAAAUGCAGUUCUUCAUAUGGAAUAUUCCUAUUGAAAUGUCACUGAUUAUUUUGUUUAUUUUGUCAUUGUUUAUUGAUCGACAGAUUUUUCCAAUUAAUGUUUACACUACAGGAUUGAUUUUAGCGAGCGAUAGUGUAGAAGACAAUGCUACUUCCAUUUCAUUAACUAAUUAUCGUCCGAAUAUUACACUUGGUAAUAAUAAUAAUGGAAAAGAUGAAUUAAUUUCAGAUAAAUCUAAAAAUGGGAUAUGGGCUGCAUUACCAAAAAAUAUUGAUUUACUACAUUUUCUUCAAGUGAAUACCAAUGACAAGGCAGUUACACAAGGAACUAAUUUACUUCAAAUGUUAACUGAUCAAAGUAAACCUAAAUUUCGAAGAGAAAGUAGUCGACAAAAAUUUUCAUUCAAGCGUCGUAGUUCACAAAAAUAUUUAUUCGAUAACGAUCAUAAUAACAAUAUCAAUAGGAAUGAUCCACUUUACAGUAAAAUUAGACCAAGAUUUCCAAAGGCUUUUAAUUAUGCGAAUUUUACAUGUCCAAAUGAAUGUAAAUGUCAUCAUGCUGAGGUUGAAUGUAAAAAUGCUCAACUGGAAUCUAUUCCAUCAAAUAUACCAUCAUAUACGGAAAAAUUGUUUAUUAUUGGGAAUAACAUUAACACACUGAAUAGUGGCAAUUUACGUGAUCUAAUUCAUUUAAAAACACUAGUUUUAUCAAAUAAUAAAAUUGAACAUAUUGAAGAGAACGCAUUUAGUGAACUUACUAAUUUACGACGUUUGAAACUUAACUCAAAUUUACUACAAACUCUUCCGGAUAAUAUUUUCACUUCGUUAAAACAAUUACAACGUUUAGAUUUGCAGGACAACAAGUUGGUAUGUCUCCCGGGUUCUUUGUUUUCUGGUUUGAAUGAAUUACGUUUCAUCCUUCUAGCAAGAAACAAUCUGAUAUGGCUACCUGGAUCGUUAAUUUCCGAUCUGAAAUUACUUCGGUACAUUGAUUUAAAAGAAAAUCCAUUACAAUGUGAUUGUCAUAUCCAACCAUUUUUAAACGAGUUUAUUGUGACAAAUCGUUUGGCAAUAUUACAGAAAUCUGGUGCAGUUUGUUCUUCAAUGAGUACAGAUCCAAGUUUACAUGGAUAUCCACUAAGUGAAAAUGUCUAUCAAACACUUCGAUGUCCUCUUGAUUCAGAAAUGGUACAAAAACCUCCACAACAGUGUAUAUCGUUAAUUAGAUCUUCAUGUGAUGGAAUUUGUGAUUGUUCAAUUGAAGGUAUUGCCAAUUGCCAAAGCCGUGGAUUAAAAUCGAUACCAAAUGAUUUACCAAAAGAUAUCAUGGAAUUAAAUCUGGAUCAUAAUGAACUAACUUCUUUACCAUUGGAUGCAUUUAUCAAUUAUAAAAACCUGAGAAAAAUUGUUUUAGAUAACAAUCGGAUAUCAUAUAUUCACCCACAAGCAUUCAAUAAUCUUCGAGAACUUUCAUCAUUGUACAUGAGCUCAAAUGAACUAGGCUCACUUCCAUCAAGGUUAUUUUCUCAACUCUCGAAUUUGAAAAUACUAUAUUUACAUCGAAAUAAAAUCUCUUGCAUACAUCGAGGAUCUUUUGCAGCUUUGGAGCACUUACAAAUCUUACAUUUAUCAAAUAAUCGUAUACAGAAAUUCCCAAGAAAUAGUUUUGAGGAUCUACGUCGAUUGAAAUAUUUAUAUUUAGUUCAUAAUCCACUUAUAUGCGACUGUCAGUUAGCAGCUUGGUUACCAGCUUUCCUUAUUGAAAAAGAAGCUGGUGGUACACAAUGGGCUAGAUGUGCGGAACCAUUAAAUGUCCAAGGUCGUCAUGUACGAGAAUUAUUACCUCAUAUAUUGGAUUGUCCAAGUAAUAUCAAUUAUAAAGAAGAAAAUAAUAGUUGCGAAUUUCUCGAUCAUCAAUGUCCAGAUGGCUGUAGAUGUAAAGAUAUUAUUAUCAAGCCUAGAAUGCAUGCAAAUUCUGAAGCCAUUUUCAGACCAGAUGAAUUUGGAUCAAUUCUUGGUGGAUUAAGUGUUGACUGUUCAGGCUUAGAAUUAACAGAAAUUCCUGAUAAUUUGCCAAUAAAUACAAAGGAGCUAAAUCUAAGAAAUAAUUUAAUUAAGUCUAUUACAAUUGAAUCUGGAUUAUCAAAGUUAAAAAGCCUUGAAACACUCAUCAUAGAUGGAAAUGAAAUUGAGCAUAUUGAACCGAUGUCAUUCCGAAACAAUGUAAAUAUUAAAAAAUUGAUUCUUAGUAACAACUCAUUGACAUAUUUGGAAGAAAAUACAUUUAAAGGUUUGAAAAAUCUUGAAAUAAUGUUACUUCAACAUAAUCUAAUUAAAUGCUUGAAUAAUCGAACAUUUCAUCAAACUCCAGUAUUAAAAAUAUUAAUGUUGAACAAUAAUAAAUUAAGAUGUAUCGCGAAAGGAAUAUUUACAGAAUUAAAUCUUGAAUCAUUAAGCUUAAGUGCCAAUCCCUUCAAAUGUGAUUGUCAUCUUAGUUGGCUGCCGGAUUGGUUAAGAAAUAAUGCAAAUCAAGUAAAUGAAGGUCCAUCACCACCAAUAUGUGUAUCCCCAGAGGAUUUAGCAGGUACACCAGUGGCUAGUUUAUCACGUUAUCAUUUCAUAUGUAAAAAUUCUGCUUCCAAUUGCCUAUCUACUGAAAAUUUACAUUUAAAUGAAAAGUCAAAUACUAAUGAGAAUGGGAUAGUUCAAAGCGUUCAAAAUUUAUACUGUGAUACAAUGGAAACCAGUUGUUGUGAAGUAAUAACAGCUCAAACUACUUGUCCAUUAAGUUGUUUAUGCGGGACUGAUGGCGUUUAUUGUUCAGAUAGAAACUUAACGGAAAUUCCUGCCAACAUUUCACCUGAAACAACUCAACUCUACUUGGAACGAAAUCAAAUUACGAAAAUUGAUUCAAAUAGAAUAGCCCACUUAAAAAAGCUUCAAACUUUAGUUUUAAGUUAUAACAAAUUGCGUGAACUACCACCACGUGUAUUUGAAAAAUUAAUAAAUCUAAAAACAAUUGUAUUGAGCUAUAAUAACUUGCAAUGUAUUCAUCCAGAAGCUUUUCAUGGCUUAUCCAAUCUCCGAGUUCUAAUACUUCAAGGGAACAAUAUCUCUAGUGUACCACAGGGUACAUUUAAUGAUCUUGGUCAACUAAACAAUGUGGCACUUGGUCAAAAUCCUUUACAUUGUGAUUGUACAACCAAGUGGCUGAAUAGUUUCUUUCGGGAAAAUUUCCUAGAUAACGGAAUCUCCUUGUGUCAUAGUCCUUCAAAUAUGAGGUUAAAAUCGAUAUAUCAUUCAAAACCUACAGAUUUUAUCUGUCCAUUGAAGCAACAACAUGAUCCGCGAAACGACGUAAAUACAAGUUCACUAGUAAAUGGAAACGAAAACCUUCUUUACUUCCAAAACGCGAAAAUACCUAAAGACCAGCACAACCAUCAAGAUCAAAUCUCAAAUUCAGAGUCAAAUCAAGAGAUUUUUAGCAAAGAAAAAGAAUCCUUGUUAAUUGCUGCCAAAUGUAUGCCAUGUUUAUUGAAUCCAUGUCAAAAUGGUGGAACAUGUUUAGCAUUGACUCAGUUGGAUUACAAAUGUUCAUGCAAACCACCAUAUUACGGUAAGAAUUGUGAGCAAAGAGAUCACAUAUGUUCAACAAAUCCAUGUCAAAAUGGUGGUUUGUGUAAAAUUACAGCUUACCCAAGUUCAUACAAAUGUAUCUGCCCGACAGGUUUUCAUGGACCAACGUGUACCAGACAAAUGGAAACCUGUAAGCAAAAUGUUUGCGAAAAUGGAGGGACAUGUGAAGUCUUAGAUAAUGAUUAUCGAUGUCAUUGUACAUCUCUAUUUCACGGUAAAAAUUGUCAACAUGAAUAUAUUUAUUGUGAAGAAUUGAAUCCAUGUGGAAAUGGUGGAAAAUGCAUUAGUUUGCCAAAGAAUAAUUACAGAUGUGAGUGUUUGGCUGGAUGGAUUGGAAAUGAUUGUCAAAUAAACCAAGACGAUUGUGUAUACAAUAGAUGUGAAAAUGGUGCUACUUGCGUAGAUGGUAUCAAUGAAUAUAUAUGUAAAUGUCGUCCGGGAUAUGCAGGUAUUUAUUGUGAAAGGCCAACUUGGAAACAAUCAACUUAUGUAACACGUAUGGAUAGACCGUUGAAUUAUCAAUUAGUGAUUGGACGUACAUCUGUUCCUGGAGUAAGACAAUCACCAAUAAAAACUCGAUCACUAACAACACAAAAUCUGGAUACACUUUGUGCUUAUCAACAAUGUCAAAAUAAUGCUAAAUGUGUUGAAAAUCAGAAUGAUGUGUAUACAUGUAUUUGUCAAAAAGGUUUUUCUGGCCAAUUUUGUGAAAAUUUAUUCGCCAUAAGUCUACCAAGCCCUCAUUCCUACGUGGCAGUUGUACCACCAAGUAGAGGUGCUUUAGUACCAAGUGGAACAAUAAGUUUUGAAAUGGCCACAAGAUCAACUAAUGGAAUUUUGUUGAAUUUCAUUGAUACAAGUUUAAUAAAUAAUUCGGAUGGUAUUCCUGAACAUUAUUUAUUAGUCGAUUUGCAUGAUGGACGAAUUCAUGUUAAAUUCUCAUUAAAUCGAAAUUACACUGCUCAUAAUGUGAACUGUAAUGUAAAUAUAAAUGAUGGUAAUUUUCACCAAAUUAAAUUAUAUCUAGAAGCCGAGAUUCUGUUUCUUUAUAUUGACAAUAACUUAUGUAUAACUAUGGGUAAACUUAGUACAAAGUUGAAUGAAUCAAUAAGUAACCAUGGUCACAAUAAUCCAAUGCAUUCAUCUUCUAUAUUCACAUAUAAUAUGGUAAUUAAAUCGCAACAUUUGGCUUUAACAAGCCCAUUAUAUUUUGGUGGCGUACCAGCUGAUCAAUUAGAAAUAGCACGCCAUCUGACAAAUGGAAUAUCUGAACUAGGACUAACCGGUUGUAUAAGGAAUGUACAAAUUAACGGUCGAAUGAUUGACUUCGCUCGUCUUUUUGGAGCACCAGUGGACAAAAUGACUGUGGCAGAAGAACAUGACACCGAUUCAUCUUCACCAGAAGCUAAACAUCAUGGGACCGCAAUCGGAAUAUUGCCAGGGUGCAGACUAAACAAUGAAAAAUCAGAAUAUACGGAGUCUGCUGCAGAAUUUCAGAUAAAUAAUAAUGAGAGUGAAAAACUGAAGUCGAUUAACUUUAAUAUGAACGAAGAGUUAGAGACCAGAAAAAUUGAACCAUUGAAAAUAGGACAGUUACAUUAUACAAAAACCAAUGAUAAUCCAACCUUCUGCGAUCCUCAUGGAAAUAAUCCAUGUCUUAAUGGUGGAAUAUGUGAAAAUAGUGAAAUGAAUCAAACUAUAAUGUAUCAGUGUAAAUGUCCAACUGGUUACAAAGGAGAAAGAUGUGAAAUAGUACCUGUUUGUCAUCGUGAAACCCAGCGUUCAUAUAUUCGUGAUCCUCAAACUAAUUGUAUUUCAUCAAGAAAACUAUCAAUACGUAAGUGUUCUGGUUCUUGUGAUUCAACUAUCAUAAAAUUCCAACAACAACAGGAAUUAUUCAGUAGUGAGAAUGAUAUUUCAAAUGAUUAUGAAUCCUUAAAAUAUCAUAAAUGGAAAGCAGUUCAUAAACGAUCAACUAAUUCUGGACGUGUUUGGUUACCACAGAAUUUAAUAAAUAAACAUUCACAUACGAUAAAAAUGAAAGAAUCAAACUCUCCUUACUUAGUACAUCUUAAUUCUUAUAAGACUACUCCAUCAAUGACAAAACAACACUGUUGUCAAGCUACAAAAAUUAAAUUACGUCCAAUAUUAUUUAAUUGUCCUAAUGGUGCUGUUUAUGAACGAACAAUAAAAUUAGCAAAAAAAUGUACUUGUGUUCAAUGUGAUUGA